ACAGAGUAGUUACGCUAAUUCAAAAUGAUAUAUAAAAUAACUGGUUGACCGGUGAAUGAUUCAAAAGAAAAGCCAUGAAUGAUUCAUAAGAAAACACCUUCUUACUAAUCAUCUAAUCAUAACUGAUAUCUCUGAACUCACUCAUUUCCAUUCAUCCACUCCAUUUUCUACCAUGGCUGUUGAAUUGAUUACCGAUGCUGCUCUGUCCAAAUUCUUUGAGAAGACUUUUGACAAUGUAUUUUCUCGUUUGGGGGACAUAUUUCGUGGAGAUAAAAGUAAAAAGAAGCAGCUAAGCAACUUGAAGGUGAAGCUCCUAGCCGUUGAGGUUGUGACUGAUGACGCAGAACAAAAACAGUUCACAGAUCAACGAGUGAGAGAAUGGCUUCUUAGUGCCAAAGGUUUCAUGUUCGAUGUGGAGGAUCUCUUGGAGGAAAUAAAUCAUGCACUCUCCAAGAGCCAAGUGGAAGCUGAAUCUCAUAGUGCUGCUAAAAAGGUGUGGAAUUCCCUCAAAUCUCCUUUUGUCAGUUUCUUUAAAAAUGAAAUUGAAUCAAGGAUGGAAAAACUCAUUGAGAACCUAGAAGAUCUAGAAACACGAAGCCAUGUUCUAGGUUUGAAAAGGAGAGAUGAUGUUGGGGAGGGAUCAAGAUCGGGACGUAAAUUACGAUCAACAUAUUUGCCAAACGAUAGUGUUAUCUAUGGCAGAGAUGAUGACAAAGAAUUUGUGUUGAACUGGCUCACAUCUCACACUCACAAGAACUUAUCUAUACUUUCUAUAGUGGGAAUGGGAGGGGUGGGUAAGACCACUCUUGUCCAACAUGUAUUCAAUGAUCCAAGGUUGGAUGAGGCUAAGUAUGAUGUAAAAGCUUGGGUCUGUGUUUCCGAUGAAUUUGAUGUGUUCAAGGUAUCCAAAACUAUUCUUGAGCAUGUUACUAGAUCAACUGAUAAUAGUGGAGAUAUCGAGAGGGUUCACCAAAGUUUGAAAGAAACAUUGACAGGGAAAAAAUUUCUUCUUAUUUUGGAUGAUGUUUGGAACGAAGACAAAUCUAAAUGGGAAGAAGUGCAAAAGCCCCUUCUUUACGGAGCACAAGGAAGUAGGAUUGUUGUGACUACCCGUAGUAAGGAAGUUGCUUCUACCAUGCGGUCAAAAGAACGCUUUCUAGAGCAAUUGCCGGAAGGUCCUAGCUUAGAGUUGUUUGCUAAACAUGCAUUUGCAGAUGAUUAUGAUGCUCAAUCAAAUCCAGAGUGCAACAAAAUUGGCGAGAAGAUUAUUAAAAAAUGUAAAGGACUGCCUCUUGCCUUGAAAACAAUAGGAAGUCUAUUAUACAACAAAUUAUCUGUUUCAGAAUGGGAAUUUGUGUUCCGAAGCGAGAUAUGGGACCUUCCAAAAGAGCGUUGUAAUAUUGUUCCCGCCUUAGCAUUGAGCUAUAUCCACCUUCCUUCCCAUUUGAAGGUCUGCUUUGCUUACUGUGCCCUAUUUCCCAAGGAUUAUAAGUUUCAAAAGGAACAUUUGAUUGAGUUAUGGAUGACUGAAGAUUUCCUACAACACGGUAAGAGUCCAGAAGAAACUGGCCAACAAUACUUCAAUGAACUACUAUCAAGGUCCUUCUUUCAACGAUCAGGUGAUGCGGAGGAAGUAUUUGUCAUGCAUGACCUUCUAAAUGAUUUGGCAAAAUAUGUUGCUGGAGACAUAUAUUUCAGGCACGAACUUGGUCAAACAAAUGAGAUACAAAAAGUAUGUCGGCAUUUUUUAUUUGAACUUGGUUACAUCGAACGCUUUCAUGGGUUUGGAACUUUAUGUAAAACGCAAAGGUUGCGAACAUUUCUGCCAACACCAGAUAGGAAAAUAGUUUUAUUUCAUUGGUUUUGCAAUAUGUCCAUACAUGAAUUGUUCACCAAGUUUAAGUUCUUGCGUAUCUUAUCGCUCUCUCGUUGUUCUAACCUUGAAGAGCUACCUGACUCUGUCGGCAAUCUUGAGCAUCUCCGUUCGUUAGACCUCUCCAGGACUAACAUAAAAAAACUAUCUGAAAGAAUAUGCUCACUUUCCCACUUGCAAAUACUGAAGUUGAACCGUUGUAUGAAUUUGGAGGAGUUGCCCUCAAAUUUGCAUUUAAUCACCACUUUGUGUCGUCUUGAAUUUACAUACACUAAAGUGAGAAAAGUGCCACCAGGUUUGGAAGAACUAAAGAAUCUUAAAGUAAGGAUGGAUAUAUUUAAAGUUGACCAUAGCAUGGAGUCGGGUAUUCAACGGCUAGGAAAGCUCAACAACCUUCAUGAAAGGCUAUCAAUUCAGGGGCUGCAGGACAUUGAGAAUCCCCGAGAUGCAUUAAAAGCAGAUUUGGAGAAUAAAACACACCUAAUGAGGUUGGUGUUGGUAUGGAAGAGAACCGGGAACUGUAUUGAUUCAAAAAAGGAAGAGGACGUAAUUGAGAAUCUGAAACCUCCUAAAAACUUGAAGGGGUUGUCAAUCUUCAACUAUGGUGGCAAACAACUUCCAAAUUGGUUACUAGAGAAUUCGCUGUGGAAUAUGGUGUCCUUAAAGUUGGAUGGAUGUGAAUCUUGCCAGCGUUUACCUCCGCUUGGUCUUUUGCCAUUUCUUAAGUACCUGGAUAUUUCAGGGUUUGAUGAGAUAGUGAGCGUUGAUGUUGAUUUUCAUGGGAACAACUCUUCUUCAUUUCAAUCCCUUGAAAGGUUGGAGUUCUCCAAUAUGAGGCAAUGGGAAAAAUGGGAAUGCCAAGCUGUGACAGGUGCUUUUCCAAAUCUUCGAAUUCUUUCUAUAAAGGAUUGUCCGAAACUGAAAGGACAGCUGCCAGAGCUACCUGCUCCUUUGGAAACACUAGAAAUGAGAGACUGCCAACAACUUGAAGAGUCAAUCAAUGAUGACAGUGUUUUUGUAAGCAUAUUUCCAUUAGAUUCCUUCCCAACACUCGAGUUCCUUUCUCUAAGUGGGUUAAAUAAUCUGCAGAUGAUUUCACUUGAUCAAGCUCAUCAUCAUCUCGAAGAUCUAAUAAUCAGUAAGUGCCCUAAACUAGAAUCAUUGCCUGGAAGCAUGCAUAUGUUGCUUCCAUCUCUUAUGAGCUUAUGUAUAAAAGACUGUCCAAGACUUGAGUCCUUCCCUGACGGAGGUUUGCCAUCAAAUCUAAACGAGAUGACACUCGAGAACUGCUCUAGACUUGUUGGCUCAUUGAAAGGAGCUUUCAGAGACGGUUCGUAUUUGGGAAGGUUGUCCAUUAAGGAACUGGAUGCAAAACGUUUUCCUGAAGAAGGUUUGCUUCCAGCCUCUCUUAAUCAUCUAACCAUCGGUGAUUGUCCAAACCUAGAAGAAUUAGACUAUAAGGGGCUUUCUCAACUCUCAUAUCUCCAAUCAUUGACUCUAGAGCACUGCCCCAAACUCCAAUGCUUACCAGAGCAGGGUCUUCCCGAGUCAAUUUCGAAUCUUACAAUAAAAAAUUGUCCUUUGCUCAAACAGCGUUGCCAGAAAGGAGGCGAAGACCGGGAAAAGAUUGCUCAGAUUCAAUAUAUCUGUUUUUUCAACUAAUUAUUUGAAGCAGAGAGAUGGGUCGGUCCAACAAACGUUUGCAACUUCUCAAACAACAACUCCUGAAUUCUGUGACCAAUUCGACACAUAGCUGUUUAAGUUUUGAAUGGUAUAAAGGAUGAUUAAGAGAGAAUGAAGAUACUCAAUUAGCAUUCUCUGAGAUUGAUCAUUUGAAAACACUUAUCCGUUCAAGAAGUGUUGAUGCACCUGUUAGGGAAGAAGAGAAGGGGACAGACUUACUUCACAUAUAUGUUUGGUUACAAAAAAUACAAUUAUUCUUCUUCUAUUAAUAUAAAGACUUAAUCUUAUAUAGUCAGAGCAUGUUAUGGAACUUAAAAAGCAGUAAUAAGGUGCAAGAUUUGAAUGUAAGGGUGAUAAAAAUCAUUGUAUCUCCAAAACUAGAAGGAACCUACAUUUUACAAGCACUAGAAUAUAUUGGAUGAGAAAAUGUAUUCACCUUCAUGGGAAGUUUGAGGUACUCCCUCUGCUGUAUUUUUCCUUCAACUAUAAGUAUUCUGAGACAUCCUGCAACCUCAUCUAAUUCCCAAUUUUCUGGUCUACUCUGUUUCUUUUUUCCAUUUUUAUUCUCUGAUUUUAUGUUGACAAGAAUUGAGGCUAAUAUGGUGGCAUGCAUGAUAUUGACAGCAGAGGUGAGUCAUAUUCAGCAAUUUUGUGAAAUGGAAGCACUUAAUAAUGUUUGGUGCAUGUUACCUCGCUUUGCUGUGAGGUAGUGUUGGUGUGUAGAAGGUAAGACCUCAAAUCUGACUUAAGACUAUUGUGAAUGCACUAUAGAUAAAAGAAGAGAGAAAUUGGUAAAUACAAUUAUAAUAUUUAUAGAUUAAUUUAUACAUUUAUGAAUUAAGUAACUGUUGGGUUAUGUUUCAUCAUAUAUGGU